UUAUCCCAUUUGAAAUAUUACAUCCAUAACGAGUUAUUUUAAAUCAGAAAGUGAUAUUGGUUGCAAAUAAUUACAUUUAUAUUUUAAAAAGAAAUAAUGCUCAACAUUUGAGAUUAAAACAACUUGGUCGUUUAUUUUGCAGUGGGAAUUCCAGGGAAUGAGUCCUCUCCAGAAGUAUACUUAGAGUAUCAUAUUGGGAAAAACCUAUGGAAAUACUGUUCUCCGGUCAUGAUAGUAUUGGGCACCAUUGGGAACAUCUUCUCCAUCGUUGUUCUUCUUCAAAAAUCUAUGCGCCGCCAAACGACGGUCAUGUAUUUGGUGGCCCUGUCCUUUAAUGAUAUGGCUGUUCUCUACAUAGGCCUUUUGCGAUACUGGAUCUUGGUAACUUUUGAAAUUGAUGUCCGCCACUUCAGCGAGUUUCUCUGUAAAGUUCAUAUAUGGUUGGUCUAUGUCACUGUGGACACCUCGGCAUGGAUUCUAGUAGUCGUAUCUUUUGAACGACUUGCAUUGGUAUGGUAUCCACAUAUUACGAAGUCAGUCUGUACAAGAACAACAGCCAUAUCAAUUCUAGUAGCAGUAGUUGGAACGUUAAUGCUAAUUAAUUCCCAUAUAAUGUACGGUAUAGGCGAUGUUAUGAAGGUUGAAAACAAUCAAACUACAUUGCUGCAAUGUUUCUUCGAGCACGAAGAUUAUCAAAGGUUUUAUGUCAGCAUCUGGCCUUGGAUUGAUUUAGCUAUUUUUAACGCAAUUCCAUUUUCAAUAAUUUUAUUUUGUAAUAUUUGCAUUCUUUCAAACCUUUAUAAAAGAAAACAAAAAUUAAACACAGCAGUUGCUCCGCAGGGGAUAAAAAAGAGCAAGGUCCAAUCUCUAACAAUAACCCUCAUUGCAUUGAAUACCACUUUUCUCAUUUCAAGUACCCCGGUCUCCAUUUAUCUUGCUUUUUACGAAACAUUUUCCGCCGACACUUCAAGCUACACAACUGCCCGCCUCGUUUUGGCAUGGGCUAUCACAAAUCUAGUCAUGUUCAUGAACAACACGAUAAACUUCCUGCUUUACUGUGUUGUCGGAGAAAACUUCAGACGAGAGUGUCGACGUCUCCUCACACGUCUGAAAGGUCAACCAGGGUCAGAAGCAACUGUAAUGCAAUCCACCCUCGUCGAAAAUUAGCCGUUUAACACCGACUUUUGAUUUUUUAAUAUAAUUAAUAAAGAUUAUUAUGUCAUGCUUAUAAAAAGGUACAUUUAGAUAUUCGCCAAAAGCAAUCAAAUAGUCUACAUGUAAAUUGUUGAUAAUUGAUUUUACUGUACAUACACACUUACUUUGUAAAAUUGCCACUAGAUUACAUGUAUGUAUUGCUGUUGUGGAGAAACCUUAGCAAUGCACAAGAAGAGCUGAUACAAACAGCUCACAAGUACACGGCCAUUAAGUCAGUGUUGUUCAGCAGAGAUUGUUUUUCAAUGUUUAUUGCUAAAAAUGUAUUGCUGUUGUUUAUAUAUUGUUCUAUACUUGGCUAUUCCCUUCAUAAUUAUCUUCAUGUAUUGAUUACUGUUUAAUAAACUGGUAUUGUGUUGCUGUGUUAUAAAAAAUUAAUGUUCUGAUUUUAUAAUUAUAUAUAGCUUUCAUAGUUAUUUUCAAAUUUGUUUUCCUCCAUAAU